AAUAUUUAUAGAAUAUCGACGCAGGAACAAGGUAACGUUGAGAAGGCUCGGAUUACAAUAAACACGUUGAUUGCAAGUUUAUGAGAAAUACGUGAGGACUUUUUAAAUGGCCUGACAACAGCUAAUGAAAAUGUAACAAGAUUAACAGAAAAUUGAUAAGAAAGCAUCGUGUAUCCUGUAUCCCUUGGCAAGCCGCAAGGGUAACUUUUCUUGUUCGUAUCGAUCGACGCCUGUGCAGUAUGCGACCUCGACAUGACCGUCGACCAUAGUCCAGGGGAAGUAAUCAUUGUUCGAUCUUCUUUCGUUUCGGACCAGUUUGUGCUAUUCUGAACUGCGAUUUCAUUUUCGUAGAAUUCAUACGUACCUCAGUGCUGAAAUUUGCCCCUGAAAAAUCCAGGAAGGAGGGAAAGAACUGGGAGAAAAAGGAACAACAUCCGGAGCUGUAACACGGUCUUAUAUCAAAGAUUAUUGGUGAGGAACAAAAGGAUAUAAAUAAUGAUAUAGUGUAAUGUGUUAAGAUACAAAAAGACUCAUAACAGAAUACGAUGAUUAUCAGAUAUUGUUCAAGUAAUUGGUUAUUGUACCAAUUACAAUUGAUGCCCGUGGUAGUGGCAUUGAACUUCAAGAAAUAAAGGAAACCAUCAAGAGAUAUAAACAAGAUGAGGCGUAAGCACAUGAUUACUGACUUUUCUACAAAGUAAACUGAACUUAAUUAGUUAAUACUCAUGUUUUCGAAAUUGGAACGUGAUGAAUAAAUUGUAGAUAUUUCUUAACCCUAGAAGGACAGUUACAAAAGACUUUGGGGGAGAAAACAAACUUUUUUCACGUCUUGUAUUUUUUAAGAUUUUUAUAAACGUUACACAAUUUUUUGCAAGCAACCCCUAACUUCUCUGUCGUCUUUGUAGGGUUAAGUUGUCGAUUUUUUGUACCAAAACACAUUAAAAAUUUUAUUACCAGUUUACGAUUUGUGACUUAUUACAUCUGAAAAAAUCGUAGAGUGGUAAAAGGAUUAUUUUGGUACAGAGAAUUUGAGACACUCUAUAUGUUCUGAAAUGUUUAACGCCUUAACUGCAGAGCAAUAUUGGCUAAAGUAGUCUUGAUGUAGCUAAUUAAGAUUCGCAUCAGCGAAAAACAAGAAAUAAAGAAGUUAAGAACUUUAGUAAUGAACUGUUGUAUUAAUUUGCAAGCUGAUAGAAUAGCUGAUUCCGCUAAUGUUAACCGGAAGUUACGAAAGAUUCGCUGAUAUUGAAAUACAAAUUAUCACAUUGAGGUAAUGGUGAUUCUAAAAUAAUGGAAACGAUAAUGUACGAUUUUUCAUAGUUUGUGGGAAAAGCAUAGAUAACUGAAGCAUUGAAAAGGUACGAAAAUGUCUGACGGCAAAACAAAACCGGUAUCGCCAAUACCGUCGGUCGCUUCUACGCAGUGUUGUAAUAACUUAACCGAUACGCAGUGCCCAGGCCUCCAAGUGACAUCACGAAUGUUGCGAUCGCCGAGUCACGAGAGCGUCACAACAGAUCUCUCUCUUUUUAGCGUAUCCUCGAUAGCGAGUGAAUUACGAGGAGUAAAUAGACUCGUUACUUUCAAAUCGUACACCGACGUACAUCUCGCCGGGCGUGGUCCAUCACCGAAACCAAACUCACGUCAGAUUCAAGCCAAUAGGCCAGCAGACAUACCUGAAAUUCUCUGGUUCGAAGAAGAGAACGAACUAAUCAGAAGUUGCGGGGUGCUCUCUUCGGCACUUGGUCUGCGCAAAAGUUUUAGCACAAGCGAUGUAUCUCAAUUACCAAGUCCUGACGCGUCAGGUCCGAAUGCGCUGCGUUCAGCAAUGUCCGCCCUGGCCCUCGACACUGCUCAAAGAAACACAUUGCUCUUGGAACACGCACGACUUGACCAUACUUCAAGAUCAUGUAGCACAUGGGUCGCUAUCGGUGAGCCGGUAGCCAACACCUCGCAGCUUCCUAGCCCUCACGGAGGUGCUGCCCAGGAACAGAAUCAACCGUCAACGUCUCGGUCGGUACCACAACCACCCCCCGCACCGCCUCCUCCGGUGCCGUUUACUGGGGCCGAUUUUGUCAGGUCGGUGAAUAAGAAGGUCCGCCAGAAUUAUAUACGUCGAAGGUUACUAACAACAUAUCGUGCUUUAGAGCGACUCUCUCAAAGCGAAUUCAAUUUAGACCAAUUAGAAGUUGUAGCAAGUGCAGCACAAACAACUUCUGGAACUACUUUAUUGGUCCCCGGAGCAACAGCGACUACCGGAGCUACUUUACCAGGACGAAAGGAACGUAAUCACGCGUUGACCAUUAAAGAUGUCGAAAGAGAACGAGGAAAUCAAUUAUCAAAAUAUGAAAGAAAUAUGAUGAUUUUUAAUUGGUUACAUACUCUUGAUGAUACUGCUGUUGUUGACAGCGUAGAAUAAAUUAUAUAAAAGAAUAAUUAUAAGUAAUAUUCAUUAACCGUUUCGCUACGUUUAUAUUUAACCGUCCAUUAUCAGAUUUGAGUAAAUGUUGACUCUAUCGCAACAUAGAUCCGGUAAUGCACCGAUGCAGAAGUGGAAAGAGGAAGGAGUCUUCCACGAACCUAAGGAGAUGCCUAGGGAAAAUGCAAGAUAACUAGAGAGAAUUAAAAAUAUGAAGAAGGAUCAAGGGAGAGUACAUAUGCUAACAUAACACCUGUUCCUGUAGAUAAAAAAUGUGGAUAAGGCGAGUGGUGUGACAUUCCUUCUUCUUAACUAACCUUCGACGAAGGAAAGCCUAAGUUAUACGAGACUGUCGAAAAUCUCUUAUUUCGACAGUAAUGAAAAUCAACAUCCAGUUAAACCGUUCCUGAAUAAAAAAUUUGUUAGCUUUUUGUAAAACAAAUUUAGAAAUAGUUUUAAUAUACAAUAUAUAACAGUUUCUAUCAUUGUUUGCCUAUAAGAGUUUCAUAAAAACUAAUUAUACACAUAAUUUUAUCUGUGAUGUUUUUAACUUCUUCUACUUCAACCUGUGUAAAAGAAAUAUUUAAAUCAGCUUGAUGCAAAGUUGGUUUAAUAACAUCCUAUCGACGUACUUGUUUCAAACAAUAUAGCCAUAUUUAUUGAAAUUUAAAAAUUAUAUGGCCUUCAAGAAAGAAUUCACAAACUUAGUUUAUAAUUUUCAAUAGUACAAAAUCUAUUUUUAAAAUAUAAAAUAUUAUUAUAAUAGGUCAAUUCUUUUGGAUUAAAAGAAAAGAAUGAAUAGCUUCCAAAAUAAAAGUUCAAAGGUCUGAAACUCGGAAUACGAUGACUUAACCCUUUCCUUCCCCUAAUUUCACUAAUGAAUUAAAGCAGACUUAGUAAUUUAAAUAAUAUUAAUUUUUUAUUCAUGAUGUACUGUUACAUGUGCUUAAAUGCUACAAUAUGGAAAUUAAAAAUUAAAUGUAAAAAAUGAUAUUGAAUUAACUAUCUUUUACAACUAUUUCUUUCUAAUUUAUAUAAUCUAAAUAAAAUAUUUU